AGAAAAGCAAGUGAUAUAAAGGAGAAAAAUUCCCCUAAAGAAAAACUAACCCAAUCCCACAUCUACUAGGGAAAACAGGGGUAGGUAGAUAUGUUACCAAAUGGGGAGGAUGAUUCGGAUCUUAUGCGUCUGGUGAAGGAGCUUCAAGCUUCUCUAAUGAAGAACGAUAAGCUGGAGAAAGAAAAUCACGAGCUGCGUCAAGAAGUGGCUCGCCUACGAGCACAAGUAAGCAAUCUUAAAGCACAUGACAAUGAGAGGAAAUCAAUGUUAUGGAAGAAGUUGCAGAGCUCAUAUGAUGGUGGCAACACAGACGCAUCUAAUCUGAAAGCGCCAGAGAGUGCCAAACCCAACAUAAAGGGACAUGAGGUAAAGAAUCCAAACCUGAAGCCAAUGGUCAAAGAACAAUCUACAGCAAUAAAGCCGCCUCCGCCUCCACCACUUCCAUCAAAAACAACACUUGGAAAAAGGUCCGUGCGUCGUGCUCCAGAAGUUGUAGAGUUGUAUCGUGCCCUCACGAAGAGAGAGUCUCAUAUGGGUAACAAGAUCAAUCAGAACGGAGUUUUGUCUCCUGCGUACAACGCAAACAUGAUUGGUGAGAUUGAGAACCGCUCCAAAUAUCUUUCAGAUAUCAAAUCAGACACUGACAGACACAGAGAACAUAUCCAUUUCCUAAUCAGUAAGGUGGAUGCUGCAACAUUUACAGACAUAUCAGAAGUGGAGACGUUUGUGAAAUGGAUAGACGACGAACUAUCUUGAGAAUUGUUUGUGUGAAUCUAAGGAAAUCGAAGCUGUAUCGGUUCGAUAAGGAGGCGAAUCAGUGGAAGGAGAGAGGUGCUGGUACUGUGAAGCUCUUGAAGCAUAAGAGCGCUGGCAAGAUUCGUCUCGUCAUGAGGCAAUCGAAAACUCUCAAGAUCUGUGCUAAUCACUUCGGUAAAUCUCCGUUUAGAAUUUACUUUAUGUGGUUUAAGUUUCCUUUGGAUCGGUAUGAAUCAUCUCCUCUGUUACCCCUGUCCAAAAAUCCAAUCUCUCAAGAACUUUCCUAAAAAUUAUUUUUUUUAUGAAUUAUUUUUAAUUCAAAAAACUGACUGAUUAUAUUUUUACCCUUCGUUACUAACUCUAAAUAUUAAAAACUGUUAAAGAUAAUGAUUAUCCAUUAUCCACUUAAUGGACACUUAUUUCAGAGAUAACAAUAGUGUAUCCUCAUCACCUUAACACUUGUCUACAUAUGGUUUACUAGAGAAAUAAAUAUCUUAUUUCUCGACACUAUAUAUAUACGUAAGAUCAAAUUAAAUGAAUAAGAUUGAUCAUGUUUACUCUUCUUAUGUUCAAGUAAGACCACCACUCCAUCAAUAAAAAUAUAAAUACUUCUCUUUUACUUUAUAAAUUCACAACACGUUAUCAGCAUGAAAGCUCUGACCAAUUGAGGUUUAUCAAUCCGAAAAAUUCUUAAACCAGUCGAGGUAAUGUUUAAAUUUAUGUGUUUCAAUAUACUUAAUUUAUUUAAAUCUUAUUAUUGUUCCGGAGUGAGAGGCUACGCAUUCUCCGUUUAUUUUCGGGAUGAUAGGCGUUGCCUUCCCCGACUGAUCGUUAUGGUAGGCUAUGCCUUCACGAUCAGAGAAACACGUGGUAUGUAUUGCCUCCGUGAAUAAAAAAUAAAAAUAAAGGUCAAAAAUGGCAGACUAAGUCUCCUCGGACCUUGAAAUAAGUAAAAGUCAAAAUGGUAGACCAUGUCUCCUCGGACUUUGAAAAAUGAUCAAUAUGGUAGUCUAAGACUCUUCGGAUCAUGUGGUAGGCUAAACCUCCAAUUUUAAUUAUUUCUCUUUAAAUUUCUGCAAUUUAAUUUAUGCAUUUAAAUUACCAUCUUUAUAUAUUAUUAUUCUAUGGAUACGGUUAUCAUGUUAAAUUUGACAAAGCUCAAAAUAAAUGCCCUUGAUAUUACGAGAAAUAAUUAUAAGACUUGAGCAGUGGGUGCAAGAUGCACCUGAAAGAAAAUGAGCUUUUAGAAAUCAUCGAUAUAAACUAUAUCGGAUGAGAAAAAGAUAAAGCCAUGGUAUUUACACCAAUUCAAUUAUGGUUUAUAAGAUGAGGUGUAUCAUGAGAAAAGAUCUAAAAGAUCUUUGAUAAAUAAAUCCUUGAAAGAAAGAAUUCACUAAAUAGUCGGAGUUGAUAUAAAUCCUCCGCGAAAACUGGAAAAAAAUGAAAUCAUGAUACUAAACCAUCAAGUCGGUCCUACUAGAAAAGGACGAGGAAUUGGAUGCGGUAGAAGCCGCUAUCAUGGUCGUGGAAGAGGACGAGGAAGAAGAUUCCGUCCAUAUGAAAUAAUUAGAACUUCCACGAAAAAUGAAAGUGGUCGGAUGAUAAAAGGCAAACAGAAAAGGUUUGCUAUAGAUACGGCCAGAAAGAAAAUUGAGUACGUUGUUGUCGUACGCCAAAUAUUUAGCCGAUCUAUAUCGAGAAUCAAAAAGAAAAAGAGAAAAGAAGUAUAUUAAAAUUCGUCUCUUAUGAGCCCGAACCAUUUUUCAUAGCUUGAAUACUCAUCUUGAUGAUUCAGAUUUUUUGGUUGGUCCAGAAAAUGAAAAUAAAAUAUCGAUGUGAUAUGAGAAUUAUCUUCCUGAAUAAGAUUUUGAGAUUCAGGAUGGAGAUAAAUAUACCUGACAGGUAUUGAGCCAUCGUCAUGACUACUAAAGGUAACAAAUAUCUUUCCUCUCUCAAAUUAUAUAAGUAUAGUAUCUAGUAAUAUAAACAUAUUAUUGGUUCUAGAAGGGCUUAUGAUGAAAAGACAUGCAUAAGAAAAAUAUGAAAAAAUUAUAAAUGAGUGGUAAACCUGAAGUUUACUGAUAUAUAGCCAUCUCCAAUAAUGUUAUCGACAUUAUUGUGAAAUGUUGAAAAACCAGAAGUUUUUCACAUAUAGCAUGUCAAGAAAAUAAAGGAAACCAUCAUGGGUGAUGAAUCAUCAAACAAGUUCACAAUGUGUGAUUUCUUUAAGCAGGCCCCAAAUUAAGAUCUCACUCUAAAUGAUUUGAAACAUAAUUCAUCCCAAAUGGGAAAACUUAAUAUGUUAUUGGUUCUAGAGUGGGAUUCAGUACGAGAUUUUAGACAUGGAGUGUCAUCAUCUCGAGGGGGAGAAUUAAAGAAUCCUAGUGAGUGGAACAUUGAAAAAUUAUGUUCACACUUGAAAAAGAACUUGAUAAAGUAAAUUCAAGUAAGAUGAUCCCCAUAAUCGGGUGUAAUGUAGUUGUGCAUGUAAUAAAAACAUAUACAAUCCAGAGGGAUAAAGUAUAUGGAUAAUUAAAAAUAUGCUCGCAAGUUUGCUAGAAGCAUAUGAUAAGCUGAUGGAAUGAGAUAUGUGAAAUGGAUUACAAUGAAAAGUAGGAUAAUUCAUUUACAAAAUGUCUGCCAGACAUUUUGAUGAAAUAAUGAAAUCUCAUAUUCCAGCUGAAAAUGCUCCAAUGAUAAAAUGUGUCCUAAACGGACGAUAUAUGAGUCUAUGGCACGCUAGAGACGUGAUAGACCACUUUGGUUCCAAAGAGUCCUCGAAAAGGAGCAAAUAUAUGAAUAGAGGAUGAAUCUCAUGAUGAGACCGUUGAUAUGGUUAAUAUAAUAGUCAGGUACCUGAGUAAAUCAUCGAUGAUAAAGAGAUCUCGAUUAACCAUAUCAGUACAGGUAAAAAGAUGGAACCAAAGAGAAAAUAGAUUGCCGACAAUAAAAUGAAAAAGCGCUAUAUAAAUAAGGAUUAUGAAUCUACCUCUAUGUAUGAGGGUAGAGUGAAUUAAUUGGCCAUCAAUUCGAUAUAAAGUUCGUUGGAAAAAACAAGAGAUUUUUGGAUCAAAAAUCCAAGGUAUAUAUUUCUCCAGAGAAUUAAAUAAAAGAUGACCUUGCGGUAUGAAAAAUGGUUUGUUCCAAGGUCACUGGAGAAUAUUUAAAAAUAGAUGCAGUAUAUUAAAUUGUCUGGCAGGACAUAAAUGACUUGAGUUGCAUCUUGAUAUUUAGUAGUCCCUGGAAAGUUAAAGAUGCUCUCGGGAAUGUAUAAAACUCUAGAAGAGUUAGAACAAGCCGUAUAUAAGGUAUCUUGAACCAGUAACUGGUGAUAUAUUUACGGCACUAUUUGUCGAUUUCCAUUUGAUGAGGAUGAGUUUCUAGCAUUAGGGGGAGGAAUUAGAAAAAAUUCCCAAAGAGAUUACAUGGUGAACAUAGUCGUUGUUACACCUUGACUCCCCUAUGAAUUAAUGAGAGCUGGAAAUUCAGAAAAUUGUGCAUUUGCAUAAUUUGGCAAACCAGUUACCAAAUGUGUUCACAGAUACGACAUGAUAUACCCGCUGAAAAUGUUCCAUCAAGAGUUGAUGUUCCUAAAGAACAAACUGAUGGUAACAAAAUGAAUGAGCCUAGGGUUCAGUUAAAGAGGGGGAGACUAGCGGGUUCUAAAAAUAAAAAUCCCUGAAAAAAAAUUGUUGAGCAAAGCAGAAAGGUUCGAAAAGAACCUGAUAUUGAAAGAUGUCUGAAAGAAGACAUAGGUGGAAAGGUUCCAGAAAAACCUGAUAUUGAAAGAUGUCUGAAAGAAGGCAUAGGUGGAAAGGUUCCAAAAGAACCCGAUACUGAAAAUGUCUGAAAGAAGGCAUAGAUUAAAAGGUUCAAGAAGAACCAAAUAAAGAUAUGGAUCCAGAUGACGAAAAGGGAACAUAAAAGUAUGAUUUCCAUCAACUACACCUUGAUGAAAAGUUAUAAGAUAAAAGAUGUUGAUGGAAUGUUCUCAUUUUCUGUCCAAAGAUAUCGAUCAUGAAAAUAAUGAUCCCGAUCCAAGGUCCAUUUAGGAAUGUUAAAUGACAUGAUUGGGAGGAGUGGCAGAAUGCCAUUCGAAUUGAAUUAUUCUCCCUAAAUAAAAGGAAUGUCUUUGGACCGAUAGUCAUAACGCCUGAGAAUAUAAAUCUUGUUGGGUAUAAGUGGGUAUUCGUGAGAAAAGUAACACGAUAUAAAACCUGAUUAGUUGCCCAAGGUUUUUCUCAGAGACCGGGAAUUGAUUUUGAGGAAACAUAUUUUCCGGUAAUGGAUGCAAUUACUUUUAGAUUUUGAUGAGCCUAACGGCUUCUAAAAAUCUUAAAAUGCAUCUCAUGGACGUUGUGACUGCGUAUUUGUAUGGAUCGUUGGAUAACAAUAUAUAUAUGAAACUCCCUGAGGGAUUGAAAAUGCCAGGGGGAUUAAAAAAAUCCAGGGAGAUUUGUUCGGUCAAGUUACAGCGAUCACUUUACGGAUUAAAGCAAUCCGGACGCAUGUGGUACAAUCGCUUAAGUGAAUAUCUUUUGAGUAAAGGCUAUGUGAAUAAUGCGAUAUGUCCAUGCAUUUUUAUAAAGAAAUCGUCAUCUGGCUUUGUGAUCAUUGCUGUAUAGGUAGAUGACCUGAACGUAAUUGGAACUCAAAAGGAGGUUGAUGAUGCUCGAACUCAUAUGAAAGAGGAGUUCGAAAUGAAAGAUCUCGGCAAGACAAAGUUUUGUCUUGGGCUCUAGAUAGAGCAUUUCCGAGAAGGAAUAUUUGUGCAUCAAUCAAACUAUACAAAAAGGUAAUUGAAACGCUUUUGUAUGAAUAAAGCGACUCCUUUGAAUACUCCAAUGGUAAAUAGAUCUCUCGAUGUUAAAAGAGAUGUUAUUUUAAAAGAUCCUGGUAACAUCUUAUAUAAAUAAGUACUUUGGAGAUGCUAAUGGUAAUAAAGCAUAUGUGAGCUUAUAUGUCUUGCAAGUUGUAUUUGAUAAAAUAUAGUUUUAGACACUAAUGUCUUUGCGAGAUAUAGCUCAUUUCCUAUUUAUGGAAAUUAGAACGGCGUCGAGAACAUAUCCGUUCUCUCCAAGGUACGUAUUGAUUUAGGAUUGAUUUAUCCUAGAAACCCCGAGUUUGGUAUGGUUUUGCAGAUACAUGAUAUUUAUAAAGUCGAACACAAACCGGCUAUGUUUUUACAAUUGGUGGAACCGCGAUCUCUUGGCGGUCCCAGAAACAAACUCUGGUUGCGACAUCUUCGAAUCAAGCAGAAACUAUUGUGCUUCACAAAGCAUGUCGAGAAUGUGUGUGGCUUCGGUUAAUGAGUCACCACAUACAAAAAUCAAGCGGAAUAGUCAAUGAGAAAGAGCCAACGAAAGUAUUUGAAGAAAAUUCGGCUUGUGUCGCUCAACUCAAAGAAUGCUACUUCAAAAGCGACAAACCAAAGCAUAUAUCUCCAAGAUUUUUCUCAUACAUACGAAAACUCGAGAAAAAUAAAGAAGUGGACAUCGAGUAUGUACGGUCAUCCGGCUGAGUUGUUCACAAAAGCUUUUCCGACUACAACAUUCCGAAAACACGUUUAUGGUAUCGGAAUGCAGUAUUUGCGUAACCUGUGAUAAGAAAGUUAGGUCCACUAUUUUCAGGGGGAGAUUACGGCAGUGUACUCUUUUUCCCUUGUCAUGGUUUUUGUCCCAAUGGGUUUUUCCAUGACUAGGUUUUUAACGAGGCACUACGUAAUAUAAAAAUGGAUAAUCAAUGGGGAGUGUUAAAGAUAAUGAUUAUCCAUUGUCCACCUAAUGGACACUUGUUUCAGAGAUAACAAUAGUGUAUCUUCACCACCUUAACACUUGUCUACAUAUGGUUUACUAGAGAAAUAAAUAUCUUAUUUCUCGACACUAUAUAUAGACGUGAGAUCAAAUUGAAUGAAUAAGAAUGAUCAUGUUUACUCUUCUUAUGUUCACGUAAGACCACCACUCCAUCAAUAAAAAUAUAAAUACUUCUCUUUUACUUUGUAAAUUCACAACAAAAACCAGAUUCAUUUUUAUUUACUCUCUCAUUUUUUUUCUUUUCUUUCUCUCUAUCCCGACGGUUUCUCUCUUCCUCUCUGCAACUUCUCUUUUUCUUGUUUUUUCUUCUUUUUUCUUCAACAUCAAAUCCGAUAGCGAAGAGUGUUCUCUGUGAAAUCUGAGAUUAGAUCUUAAAACCUGAAGAAGAAACAGAUUUGUGGUGCCUCGAUGUGGCGACGUUGAAGGGGACAAAAAUGAAAACAGAUCCGCGGUGCCUCACGAUUUAGCGUUUUUAUUGUCCUCAUGUUUUCGAUUUAGGGUUGUAAAUUAAGAUUCUGGGUUUUGUAUGAUUAGGGUUCUUAUUGUUCUCUAUAGAUCUGGGUUUUGUUUUAUGAUUUUGGAAUUUUAUUGUUCUUAUUGCCCCUUUGCAAAGUAUGUUUCGUGUUUUUUUAUUUAUUUUCUUCAGAUC